AAUUGAAAUUGUUCCAUCAUGAAAAAAUUCUCUAUCUUCCUCCUCAUCGCUGUAAGUUGCAUGACAGGCUUGAGCCAUGCAGCCACAUUCGACAUCACAAACAAAUGCACCUACACGGUGUGGGCUGCGGCCGUGCCCACCGGCGGCGGCAAACAACUAAACCCCGGCGAAAGCUGGGGAAUUAACGUGGCGGCAGGCACGGCCGGAGCACGCAUCUGGGCUCGAACGAACUGCAAUUUCGACGGGUCAGGGCGUGGACAUUGCCAAACGGGGGAUUGUGGCGGCGCUCUCCAAUGCACAGCAUAUGGCACACCACCAAACACGCUCGCGGAGUUCGCUUUAAACCAAUAUAACAACCUCGACUUCUACGACAUUUCGCUUGUGGACGGUUUCAAUGUUCCGAUGGAGUUCAGUCCAACUUCGAAUGGGUGCACCCGCGCGAUUAGUUGCACUGCUGACAUCAACGGUCAGUGCCCAAGCGUGCUCAAGGCGGAUGGCGGUUGUAACAACCCCUGCACGGUUUUCAAGACUGAUGAAUAUUGUUGCAAUUCUGGUAGUUGUGGACCCACCGAUUAUUCCAAGUUCUUCAAGGACAGGUGUCGAGAUGCUUAUAGUUAUCCUAAGGACGAUGCAUCCAGCACGUUUACAUGCCCCGGUGGAACCAACUACAGGGUUGUGUUUUGCCCUUGA